AUGGCUUUAUUUCAAGUUGAAGGUUGGAACCUUAAAGAAGAAAGAGUUGCCAUAGGUGGUAUAACGAAGAAGAAGUCCAAAAGAGAAAAGAAAAGAGAUAAAAAACUAGCACAAGCUGCCCAAGCAGAAGAGCAAGAUCAGAUAGAUGAUGAAGUAGAAGAUGAAGAUGAAGAUGAAGAAGAUGAUGAUGAAGAAGUUAAACCAGCCAAAACUACUGAAAAGAUUGAAGCUAAACCCAAAUCAAACGAGGAAACCAAAAAGAUUAAGAAGAGAAAGCAUGAAGAUGUAGAACAACCAAAAACAGAGAAGAUAACGAAAGCACCUGUUGUGCAAGUUGCAGCUCCAGUAUCAGCUCCAUUACCAGUUCAAAAAUUAUCACCAUUACAACAAAAAAUGAUGGCUAAAUUAUCAGGAUCAAGAUUCAGAUGGAUCAAUGAACAAUUAUAUACAAUUUCAUCAGAAUCAGCCUUGGAAUUAAUCAAAAAUCAACCUGUUUUAUUCGAUGAAUAUCAUCAAGGUUUCAGAUCCCAAGUUGAAUCAUGGCCAGAAAACCCAGUCGAUGUAUUUGUGGAUCAAAUCAAAUUAAGAGGAGGCAAUAAACAAGUCAAUGCUCCAGGUGGAUUACCUGGUUUACCUAAUAAAAAGAUUGUCAUUGCUGAUAUGGGUUGUGGUGAAGCACAAUUAUCUUUAGAUGUUUCUAAUUUCGUUAAACAAUAUAAUGCUAGUCAACAAGAGAAAAAUAAUAAUAAUAAUCAAAAGAAGAAAUUCCAAAAGGGAGGUAAUAACAGAAGAUUCCCAACUGGUGGUCCAAGAUCAUUGGAUAUUGAAGUUCAUAGUUUUGAUUUAAAGAAACAUAAUGAUAGAAUCACUGUAGCUGAUAUUAAAAAUGUUCCAUUACCUGAUAAUUCAUGUACUGUGGUUAUAUUUUGUUUAGCUUUAAUGGGGACUAAUUUCUUAGAUUUUGUGAAGGAAGCUUAUAGAUUAUUAGCACCAAGAGGAGAAUUAUGGAUUGCCGAGAUUAAAUCUAGAUUUACUGAAUCUGGAGAAAAGACUAAGAAGCAAGAAGAUAUUGGAAAAGAAUUCGUGGAAGCUCUUAAAUUGAACGGAUUCUUUCAUAAGAAUACUGAUAAUUCAAAUAAAAUGUUUACCAGAUUUGAAUUCUUUAAACCUGCUCAAGAUAUUAUAAAUGAAAGAAAAGCAAAGUUAGAAAGAAGACAGAAAUUUGUAGAACAAGAGUCUGAAAAGGAGGAAUUAGAAACAAAAAGACAAACUAAUCCAGAAGGAAAAUGGUUAUUAAAACCUUGUAUUUAUAAGAGAAGAUAG